AUGCUGCUGCGAGAGUUGGUUGAAAGAUGGUCUCACCAUAAAAGAUUGGUUGAACUCUUAUCUUGUAUCUUCUUAUACCUUGACCGUUGCUAUACUUUUCGAAGAUCACUCUUAUCAAUUAAAGAAGUUGGCAUGGGCUGUUUCCGUGACCUGGUUUAUUACAAGCAGCAAUCCAAGAUUAGAGAAGCUGUACUAGCAUUAGUUGAUAAAGAGCGAGAAGGGGAAGAUAUUAAUAGGAAGCUAAUGAAAAGAGUAUUCGACUUUUACGUAGAGAUGGGAAUGGAAAGAUAUGAGCAAGAUUUUGAGAGGUUCAUGCUUAAAGAUACAGCGUCUUACUAUUCUCGCAAGGCAUCAAGUUGGAUUCAAGAAGAUUCUGUUAACGAUUAUCUUCUUAAGAUUGAAGAAUCUCUAAAAAAGGAGAAGGAGAGAGUGAGUCACUACCUUCACUUUAGCAGUGAGUCAAGUCUGGUUAAGGUAGUAGAACAUGAGUUGUUUGUUGUUCAUGAAAAUCAGAUUCUAGAAAAAACGCACUCAGAAAAGCAAAUCAGCUUGGGACGUCUUGCAAAGAUAUUCAAGCAGCAUGUCACAGACACAACUAUUAAUGACAAGGAACAGGUUCUUAUCAGAAAAUUAAUCGAGUUACAUGAAAAAUACAUGGUCACCGAGUGUUUUCAGAACCACACCCUCUUUCACAAGGCUUUGAAAAGGGCAGUCGCUGACGAAUUACUGGCAACAUUUUGCGACAGAAUUAUCCUUAAGAAAUGGGGAAGUGAUGAACUGAGUGACGAAGAUAUUGAGAAGGUGGUCCUAUUCCUUGCUUAUCUAAGUCAUGAAAAGGAUAUUUUUGCAGAGUUUUACAGGAAGAAGCUGUCCCUUAGGCUCUUGUUGAAUCGCGGUGUUAGCGAUGAUCAUGAGAUAAGUAUCCUUACAAAGCUCAAACAACAACAUGUUGGACAGUUUACUUUUAAGAUGGAGAGAAUGGUGAAUGAUUUGACAUUGUCAAGAGAAAACCAAAACAGCUUCAAGGAGUAUGUAGCCAAUAACUCUGUUGCAAAACCAGGGAUUGGUUUGACCGUCACGCUUCUUACCACCGGUAUUUGGCCAAGCUACAAAACGUUUGGCAUUAAUCUACCAAGUGAAAUGGUCAAGUGUGUUGAAUUUUUCAAAGAGUUUUAUGAAAAGAAAACUAAAGGUAGGAAACUUACAUGGAUCCAUUCACUAGGAACUUGUCACGUCAAUGGAAUGUUUGAUCAAAAGCCCAUUGAGUUGAUUGUGUCUACUCACCAGGCUGUUGUGCUUCUACUUUUCAACACAAGAGACAAACUGAGCUACAGUGACAUCCAAACUCAACUGAAUGUGGGCCAUGAAGAUCUAGUGUGGUUGCUUCAUUCCUUGUCAUGUUGUAAAUACAAGAUCCUUACCAAGGAGCCAGCCACAGAGACUGUUUCCAGGACUGAUGUUUUUGAAUUCAACUCAAAAUUCACUGCUAGAAUGUGCAGAGUAAAAAUCCCUCUCCCUCAUGUUGAUGACAGGAAGAAAGUCAUUGAAGAUGUCGAUAAAGACAGACGCUAUGCAAUUGAUGCUGCCAUUGUCAAGAAGGGGAAGAAAGCAUUGGGACAUCAACAACUUGUUUCUGAGUGUGUCGAGCAACUUAGCCGGAUGUUCAAGCCUGAUAUUAAAGCAAUUAAAAUCCGUAUUGAGGAUUUAAUAACCAGAGAAUAUUUGGAGAGGGACAGGGAGAAUCCUAACAUGUUUAGGUACUUGGCGUAG